UCAUGCUUCUCGGACUGAAUUUUAUCCUACAGCUAUUAUUAUUUGCUAACGUGGAAACGUAUUUCACUGUAAUGGGGCAAGCAUUCGCUAAAGUGUGUGGGACGGGAUACUUUGGAGUAAACUGUGAUGUUCCUUGCCGCUUUCCAAACUACGGUGAUGCUUGUCAAAAGGGAUGUUUGUGUGUGAAACAACAGUGCAACUAUAUUACGGGAUGCGAAAAUGAAACCAAAACCACGUCGGAUGAAUCUAAUCCAAUGGUUACAAAGGUUACAAGUACUUUUGGAUCUAAAGUUCUUUAUAUACCGUAUGAAAUCGUAACUACAAAGGAAGGACUUCAACAUCCCAAAACCAUGUGGACAGAUCUAAAUGUGACACACAAAUUCAUGUUAAUAAGUAUUUGUAUAUUUGGAUUAACGAUUUUUGUCAUGACUGGAAUGCAUGUGAUCUGCAUCAAGAGGAGAAAAACACUUAUAAAAUAUUCAUCACAAUGGAAUUCUAGACGAAAACUAUUACAAAGAAAUGUCACUUCUACUUUGUAA